CUCCCUCUGCAGGUAAAUGAGAUGCAGCUUUAAAGCCAGAUAGGAAAAUUAUCCUCAACAACAGACCCGCUAACGAGUCAGUAACACGUUUCCCAUCCAACUUGCGCCCUUGAGCACGUUAACGCCUACCAAAAACCUCCGGACAACGUUGGGAAGGUCAAACUGCGGCUUUGCUUCCCCGCCCCGCAGACUCUAGACCAGCCAGCGGUACUCGCUCGCUUCCCUGCCGCAUAUGCAGGGGUGGAACCCGGACAGACCCAAGCCGAGAGUUCCCCUUGUGUGCCUGCCGCUUCUGCUGCUCCAUGCACCGACUCAGCGUCUGUCAGCCUGCUGUGGAGAAUUGGAUUCCCGUCGUCGAACCGACCCAAUCGAGAUAGUGUGAUGUAUCUCGCUUUCCCAUGGCGGGCUGCGAGGGCAUGAGACUGCGAGGCGGCCGGGAUUUCAACCCUGACUCCUACCUGGAACUGGCCCAUUCUCCUCCCCAUCCUGUUGCUUGGUUACCUGGCGUCCUCAGCAAGGGUGUACGCCUUCGUCUGCGUUUGGAUCGCCGUGACAACCGGGGGCGGAGCUGCUGGCAGCUGGUGGACUUGGAGGCGGGGUCAGAGCCAGUUGGGCGGAGGCUGAGGAGCCGGGCCCCCGACACCUGCACUCAAAGUCUGAUGAAUACCUUGUCCGCCGGCUCAGAGAUGCAGACUCCAGCUCUCUGCCCCCAGUUCAUAGCGGGGCCCCAGGGUAAGGUACCUGGCAGGAAGAGGGGACGGCCUCCUAUCCGUAAGCUGGAGUUCCAGAGUCACUAUGUUGAGCCUCUGUCGCCUCUCAAGGUCCCGAAGAAGAGAGGCAGGAAACCCGGCUUUAAGCUGAAGCCCAGGAUGGUGAUGUCCCCACUAGCUAACUCUCCUCCCAGCAGCACACCGGAGCCUGAGAUGGGCUCCAUCCCACAGGAUGCUGCUAUUGUCCCCCACUCUGCCACACCUCAAGUGCUAACAGAGACGUCGAUGCCUGAAGAUUUCUUAUGUGACCCACCAGUGGACUCCAAGCGCUACGCUGUAGAUCCUAGUGACUCUGCCUUCAAUGUCAUGACAUCACAGUACCCACCGAAGCAUUCUUACGGUUACCGUGGCAGCAGUUGCUCUACCCCAAUGGGCUUGUGCAGACAAGCAUCGAGCCCAGGAAGCUUCCAGGAAGUAAACAGGAAUGCAUACAGUCCGAUGCCAGACUCUGGAGAGUGCAAGCGUCCUGCUGGUAAGGACCCAUCUAGCUGGGGUGUUGAGGAGGUUGUUUGGUUUAUCAAAGAUGCUGACCCCCAAGCCCUGGGUCCCCACGCUGACACAUUCAGGAAGCAUGAGAUAGAUGGAGAUGCUCUGCUCUUGCUGAAAAGUGAGAUGAUGAUGAAGUAUCUGGGACUAAAGCUGGGACCUGCGCUCAAACUCUGUUACCACAUCGAGAGGCUUAAACAAAAUCGGUUGUGAUUUGCUGCGGAGGAGCCAAACCCCUGAUCACACUGCUGAUUCUCUCAUCUGUUCUCAACCAUCAGCAAUACAUCAUGAACACUUUUGGAUCCUAAUUUUGUUGACAAAUUGGACAUGUUGACUGUACAUAUUAAGACUAUUUGCAGCUGAAGCAAUUAUUUCAUUUCCAUCAUUGUUUACCAGGUAUCUGAAUGGCUUGAGAUUGUUCGGUUCCACAAAGAUGGCAGCUACUGUAUAAUGAAAGUGACCUGUCCACUCUUCAGUCUGCAUCUGACUCUCAACAGCAUGAAUAUGUGUAGAUCAAUAUCAUGGACAGGGUGCCAACGCCUCUGAAGACCUACAGACAGGGAACUUACCAAACUUGUUCAGUGCUUUACCUCAAUAUCAUAUUUAAAUUUAAAAGAGUCUUUGGGUUAAGGCACAAUGCUGCUGCAGUUUCAAAAUAAUAGUUUUGUUAGUUUUGCUGUAAACUGAUGAUAAUGUUGACCCAGGUAUCACUUCUCCUAGACACAAACUAUAACUAAUAACCAAACUCUCAAACUCUUCAGUAAGUAUUGAAAUAUUUAGAUUUUUGUUUUUAGAAAUAUUAAAACAUAAAAAACUGCUUUAGAAACAAGUGAUGUAUCUCACACUCAAGAAAAGUGAAAGAAACAUGAAGAUUUUUACCACAAACCACAGCACAGCACAAUAGUGAAGCGAGGUGCAUGUAAUCAUGCAGCCCUCAUAGCGACAGGAAGGAAAGGAGACAAAGACACUGUUUCUUUUACCAUGUUCUCAUGAAUUGUGGUACACUGGAGUGGUGUAAGAGAAAGCAAAAUGUAGCAAACUCAUACAGUACAACUUGGUGCUCACUGAAACCGUUACUGCCACUACAACGCUUAACAAUUGAAUCACUCUCCUACACUUCCUUACUAUCUCCAGAUAGUGUGACCUCCAGAUAACACAGAGAUGACAUUCUUCUCAUGCAAUACCUCUUCAGUCAUUUUGAAUAUAAAUUCCUCUGUUUUGUUAUGUCAAAUGAUAAAGCAGUAUUUCAUUUCCAAACUGUAAAAAAGUAUUACUAUUAAGUAAACUGCCUUGAGCAUUAAUAAUAAAAGUUUUGGCAGCCACCAUAUACAGUUUUGUCAUAUGAAACUUGUAUACACAUUAAUGAUCAGUCAUGUGCAGUAUAUGACAAACUUGUACAACUUGUGGUUUAUUACAAUGCUUUAUAUCUUACUGUACAGUAGGCCUACUUGUUACUCACUUUGAUCUUUUGUGUUCUUUGUGUUUCGCUUAAAUUUGUUAACGUCAGUGUGCCACAGCAUGUAUGUCUAUGUAUGAAUUAUGUAUUUCAUGACUGUCUUGAGCCCGAGGGAGCGACAGUAUGGGCUGCAUCUACCUUUCAUAUUUUAUUUUCCAAUGUACAAUGUACUUUUCCAACCUGAUAACUUGAUGCCAGUGAGUUGCAGGAAAUGAGACAAUUGUGUUGCACAUGAGCUGUUUACCCAAAUUAGAAUUUUCCAAAUGUUUUCCACAAAUCAAUUUUGACUUCCUAAUGACCUUCCUUUUCUUUUCUAUACAAUGUUUUUUAAACCAUACUUUUUCCAGAGAAAAUAAACCUUCUUGUUCAAUGAA